CUAAUUUCCAAUAAAACGAAGCAAACCGAUGAAUUCCAUUUCUCAACUCAGUUUUCUUUAAACAUAAAGAGAGGAAAAAGCGGGAAUUCUCUUCAUCGAAGGAGGGUUUUAAGUACUUUCCAGAUUCAGGGCAUAUUGGUGUUUUGUAGUUGACUUGAGAGAGAAAAAUUCUGAUCAACAUGUCGAUGUCUAAGGGUUCAAAGAUGCUUCAGUUUAUCAACUACCGUAUGCGCGUAACUAUCCAAGAUGGCCGUCAAUUUGUUGGGAAAUUUUUGGCCUUUGACCGUCAUAUGAACCUUGUCAUUGGCGAUUGUGAGGAGUUUCGAAAGCUUCCUCCCAUUAAAGGAAGCAAAUCAGACAAAACUAACACUAGUGAGGAUAGAGAAGAACGUCGUACCCUUGGCCUUGUCCUCCUUAGGGGUGAAGAGGUCAUUACCAUGAUCGUUGAAGGUCCUCCCCCUCCUGAAGAAUCCCGUGCCAAGUCUGCGAAUGCAGCUUUCAUGAAUGGUCCUGGUCUAGGCCGAGCUGCUGGACGUGGUAUUCCAACCGCACCUCUUGUUCAGGCUCAGCCUGGUUUGGCUGGUCCUGUGCGUGGUGUUGGUGGUCCUGCUCCUGGCAUGAUGCAGCCUCAGAUUUCUCGACCACCAGUUGCAGCUCCUGCAAUGUCUUAUCCAGGUGCACCUGUUAUCCGGCCACCAGGUCAGCAGAUACCAGGAUUUCCCCCUCAAGGUGGACCACCGCAGAUGAGAGGCCCACCUCCACAGUUUCCUCCCCCAGGCCAGUUCCCUCCUGGUUCUAGGCCUGGUUCAGGUCCUCCUGGUCCUUUCCCAAUGCCUCCACAGUAUGCCCAACGUCCAGGGAUGCCUGCCCCACCUCCUCCAAUGAUGCAUGGUCCACCUCGCCCUGGCAUGCCACCACCUCCUGGUGGACAGGUGCCACCUUAUGGACCUCCUCAUCCAGGAAUGCCACCUCCUCCAAAUUCUCAAUUGCCACCCCAGAACCAGCAGCACUAAUAAGACUACUGAAAGCUUUAGGCAAUCUAGGACAGUCGUAAUGCUGCGGAUUUUGUUUCGCUUCGAUCAACUCAGUUCUGACCUAUGUCUAUGAUAGAAGAACAAGCCGUGAAUCGUUCCCGAAAGACUAUUGGCAUUGUUGAGCAUGCUCAUUGUAUUCUGUGUAGUAAAACUAUUACCAACUAACAAAGUAUUUUUGUAGUGUAGCUUUUUUCCGGUUUUCCUUAAAAAUGAAGUAUUAUCAUAUGUCGUAUUAUCCUGGUCGAUUUUCCUAAGCGCAACACAUCUCGCUGCCGGACCUUUAUCCCCUCGCUCCAAACUAAAGACUUAAAGAUCUAUUAACUCGUAAUAUUAAACCGAAAAACAAAAUGCUACUCAUUUCGUCUUGCAAAAAGUCGGUUUCAUACUAAUUUAUUAUUAUUAUUGGUUUGUAGGCAAGUGUAGAUAAAAACAAUUUCUUGUGUAUGAAUUAUGAUUAUGUGAUCCUCCCUCUAAUAGAAACCAAACUAUCUUCUUGUCAUAAUUGUCAUUU